AUGUCUCAUCCAACUCCCGCCGAAAAGCCGUCCAACCCCGAAAACCCUCGCGUUUUCUUCGACGUUGACGUUGGUGGUGAAAGAGCUGGCCGGAUUGUUAUGGAGCUGUUCACUGACAUCACCCCCAAGACUGCUGAGAACUUCCGGGCUCUGUGCACGGGGGAGAAGGGCCUGGGGAAGUCCACGGGGAAGCCGCUGCAUUUCAAAGGAUGCCCCUUCCACAGAAUCAUCAAGAAGUUCAUGAUCCAAGGAGGGGACUUCUCCAAUCACAACGGCACGGGGGGCGAGAGCAUCUACGGGGAGAAGUUCGAGGAUGAAAACUUCCACUACAUGCACGACAAAGUGGGCUUCCUGAGCAUGGCCAACGCCGGGCCGGACACCAACGGCUCCCAGUUCUUCAUCACCACCGUCCCCACGCCGCACCUGGACGGGAAGCACGUGGUCUUCGGACAAGUGCUGAAAGGCUUCGGAAUCGUCAAAAUGCUGGAAUCCAUCGAGACCGAAGAGGACGCCCCAGUAAAACCCUGCGUCAUCGCUGACUGCGGCGAGUUUCUGGACGGGGACGGCUGGGCCGGCCCGCCCGCCGACGGCACCGGGGACGUCCACCCAGACUUCCCCGAGGACGCAGACAUCGACUUUAAAGACGUCGACAAAGUCCUGUCGGUGGCCGAGGACGUGAAGAACAUCGGAAACAGCCUUUUUAAGAACCAGGACUGGAAAGCUGCCGUCAACAAAUAUAGCAAAGCCCUCAGGUACCUGGAGAUGAGUGGAGACCACCUGGAGGAGGAGGCCCAGCGGAGGCUGGAGCCCACCGUGCUGAGCUGCUUCCUCAACACGGCCGCCUGCAAACUCAAGAUGCAGCUGUGGCAGGACGCGCUGGACAGCUGUGACGAGGCUUUGGAGCUGAACCAGGCCAACACUAAGGCCCUUUUCCGGAGGGCCCAGGCCUGGCAGGGGCUGAAGGACUACAGCAAAGCCCUGAUUGAUCUGAAGAAAGCUCAGGAAAUUGCUCCAGAAGAUAAAGCUAUUACCAAUGAGAUGAAGCGAGUCCAUCUUAAAGUCCAAGAAGAGAAGGAGAAAGAGAAGAAAAUCUAUGCCAAAAUGUUUGCCUGA